GGAAAUCUGCUUCCCUUACGUCCACAAAUAUGAGCGCACCGAUUCCACCGACAGCGCAUGGUGAUUCGCGGUCGAGCACACAGCGGACGCCCCCUCCCUCCCAUCGCUCUCCUACUAAACUAAUGGCCACUUUGGCUUCCCCACCACCAUCUUAUCCGCGGAUUCCUCAUACUAAUCUCUUCUCCUGACCUGGACAUGUUGAAUGAUCACAGGCACCACCACCAUCACGCCGCCGCCGCUGCUGGUGAUGAUGAUCACGAUGAAGGCCCCAGCGACGGCGCCGAGUUCCGCGACAUCCACGAAUUAGCUCCCCGUUCCCACCCCAGCCAAGGGCAGCGGAGGGAGCUGUGGGAGGGCGGCAGCCACCGAUCGGCCUCCCUCUCCACCGGGAGCGACGCCGCCAACGACGGCUUCACGAGCGUGAGCAGGGAGUUCAGCGCGAUGGUCGUCGCCGGCUCCGCCAUGCACAACGGCGGCGGCAGCAACCACGACAACCACGCCGACGACGGGCUCCAGAACCAGCUCGCGCGGAUCGGGGAGGACGAGCUGGAGGAGACGAACCCGCUGGCGAUCGUCCCCGACAACAACCCCAUCCCCUCUCCCCGUCGGCCGCUGCCUGCUGGGGACUCCGGCGCCGCCAACCCUGCCGACGAGGUCCCGGUGCACCUGGUGAAGAAGGAGGAGGUGGAGUCGAAGAUAUCGGCAUGGCAGACGGCGGAGGUCUCCAAGAUCAACAACCGCUUCAAGCGCCAGGAGGUGACCAUCAACGGGUGGGAGAACGAGAAGGUGGAGAAAGCCACGGCCUGGUUGAAGAAAGUAGAGAGGAAACUGGAGGAGCAGCGGGCGAGGGCGAUGGAGAAGAUGCAGAACGACGUGGCGAAGGCGCACCACAAGGCAGCGGAGAAGCGGGCGUCGGCGGAGGCCAAGAGGGGAACCAAGGUUGCCAAGGUGCUGGAACUGGCCAACUUCAUGAGAGCUGUGGGGAGAGCUCCGUCCAAGCGCUCCUUCUUCUAGGCAAUACGCACCCCUCUCUCAUCCCUCAAUUCUGGCAUAGGAUUGCAGGAACUGAGAAAACCUUGGCAUGUACACCAACUUGUUGCCAGCAGAUUGAUGAACAGAGCCAUAAUUGUUUUAAGUCUGUAGGCGGAUUUGUGUUGUAAAUUGACUCGGACGCUUGCGUUUCUUCCAGUGAGUAUAUGCUUCAUCAAA